AUGCGCCGUCUCUGUGGUCUCCUCCGGACCACCGCGGUACGUGCAGCCCCUCUCGGGGAUUUGCGCUUCUACUGCCUGCAGGCCGGCGGCGCCUGGGGACUCUUCGCAGCCCCAGGUGGGCCACGGAUCCCCACGCGAGCGCAGGCUGUGCCGGAGGUGAGCGAGGCCGGCCCAGCCACGGGUUCCAGGCCCUCCCUGCGCGCCCUGACCCCCGGGGUCACGAUGUCCUCGAGCUGUGCCCGCCGCCUCACCCGAGCCACAGCCCCACUCUGCAGCCUGAUCAGGGCCUGUCUGGUUGUUGCAGUGCAAGCCACAUGGAUGGCCUACGACAUGGUGGUGAUGCGCACCAACCCCUCACUGGCAGAGUCCAUGCGCCGACUGGAGGAUGCCUUCCUCAACUGCAAGGAGGAGAUGGAGAAGAACUGGCAAGAGCUGCUCAAUGAGACCAAGCAUAAACAGUAG